AUGACAGUGAUCGUCCGCAUCACCUCCACCGUCCGGGCCGGUUCGAGCCAGACCGACAGCGCGACACACACCGACGACAAAUCAAAGCAGGUUGGCCUGGGGGUUGGACUUGGAAUCGGCAUUCCCCUUGUUCUGGUGAUCUGUACUAUACCGAUGUGGAAGUAUUCGCGGAGGAGAUCACGACGGACAGGACUCGGUGCACACAUGGAUGGUUCCUCCGAAGACCAAGGCUCUAAUAUUCAUAUACCACCUCCUAAGGCGGUCAUGGGAAUACAGAGAAAUUCCCUCGAUGCUUCAAUCGCAGGCCAGUCCCCGAAGACCAUGCAACCGGAACUAGAUGGGGUCAGCCUUCGGUACCCAGAAAUUGAUGGACGACAACAGUUCGAGCUGAUGGGGGACUGUGAGCCUUGUGAGGUGGAAGGUCGGGGGGCGCGACGCAUUGUUUUGAUUGACGAACUCUCUGUUUGCCCUGAAGGAGGACUAGUUUAG